UGGUAGGAGCAGCUCGUCUGUUCGAUCGCCGUGGCGCUAAUGAUUUAUGGAGGCAGCGACAGAGGAGGUGCGGUCAGAGUGUCUCAGAGGGGCAGAUCCCUCGAACGAAGCGAGAAGAAGGACAUGGUGGUGGCAGUGAGAGUGUCACACCGAGCGUCGCUUUCAGGAAUUCAGCGACCGUCUCUGCAUCAAAGGCGAAAAGCCGCCUGCCUGACGGGGUGGAGUCGAGAGGAGGACUGAAAACCAACAGAACGCUGUAAGCUGUGCGGAUUCGGGAUUUAACCCCUGACCCCUGACCCCUGACCUCCUCCUCCACCAUGUGGGAGGCUGUGUUCUGCCUGCUUCCCUCUGUGGUGCUGCUCCUCUCCGCCCUGCUGCUGCGGCUGACUCCCGUGCAGUCCUGCCUGGGGCCAUGGGUCAGGCGAGCAGCCUGGCGGCUCUGGCUGUGGGCCUGCUGGUGCCUCAGACUCCCCCUGCCCCCGGAGGGCGGGCGGGGUGGCGGGGGGACCGGCCCCCAGCUGGUGUGCAAGCCCACAGCCCUGGCCCGGUUCCUGCUCCAGCACUGCGGCUCUUUGGCCCGGCCCAGCCUGGCUGCUUGGCCCUGGGGCGACCCCAACGUGCAGACCCUCUUGGGCCUGGCCGGGCCCGUGGAGGACGACGGGGGGGUGAGGUUCGCCCGGGAGCACCUGCAGGUGAAGGACGGGGGGGUGGUGGCGCUGGACUGGGCCGUGGGGCUGAAGGGGGAGCCGCAGAGGGGGGCGAAACGGGAGCAGGGGGGCGCGGGAGGCAGGGUGCUGGGCUGCCACUCGUCCUGCCCCCCCGUCCUCAUCCUCAUCCCCAACUCCUGGGGCCGGGUGACGCCCCACCUGCUGCGGCUUUGCGCCCUGGCCCUCCAGCAGGGCUUCUACCCCGUGCUGUUCCACCGGCGCGGGCACGCCGGCUGCCCCCUGGUCACCCCCCGCUUUCAGGAAUUCGGCGACCCCUCGGACCUGAUCCAGGCGGUGACGUACCUGCGCCACCGUCACCCCUGCUCGGCGCUGCUGGCCGUCAGCGAGGGCUCGGGUUCCGGGCUGCUGCUGUCCUACCUGGGCGAGUGCGGCUCCUCCUCCUACCUGACGGCGGCCGCCUGCCUCUCGCCCGUCCUGCGGGGGCAGCUGUGGUUUGACACGCCCCUGCCGGCCCUCUAUCGCUGGCCGCUGCUACUGUACCGCAAGCUGCAGCUCAGCAGGUACUCGAGCGCGCUCGGUGCGGUGAUGGAUGUGGAGAGGCUGCUGCGCUGCUCCUCCCUGCGGGACCUGGAGGCCGCCAUGUUCUGCCGCGGGAGAGGCGCCCCGCGGUGCGAGGGGGCGUUCCCCGUGGCGGAGUGGGAUGCGUACUGGGAGCGGAACGAGCCGCUGCGGGACGCCGACGAGGUGGCGGUGCCGGUGCUGUGCCUCCGCAGCUGGGACGACCCCCUCCUGCCGCCCCCCUCCACCCUGCCCACCUCCCUCUUCCAGGACAGCCCCUACUUCCUGCUGGCGCUGACGGCCCGCGGCGGCCACUGCGGCUUCGCCCUGGAGGGGGAGGGAGCCCCGGACGGCGCCACCUGCUGGAGCCACAGGGUGGUGCUGGAGUACUUCCGGGUGGUGGCAGAGUUCCUGAAGGCGGAGGAGAGGAGGGUGAAAGGGGUGGCGGGGGUGGGGGCGGGGACGGGGGGGAGCCCGGGACCUCGGCGCAGGAUCAACACCAUGAUGCCCCGCAGAAGAAGGGCCACCCUGCUGAGGAGAGAGAGACCCGCCCUCCGGACGCUGGCGGACUCCGCUGGCCACGGGGGGCGGGGAGAGGGGUGUGGCUCCGGGGAGCAGCAGGACGUGUUCACCUGGCACAGAGAAACUGCAGAAUCAGGAGGAGCGGGGAAUCAAAAGGGGAAGCUGUAGAGAGGAAACGGCAUCCAGCAACGCAGUGACACAAAAAUCACGAGGCGUCUCUGGCUGGAGAAAUGCACUGCAAAUUUCCCUUUUUCUAAACAGGAUUUUGACAUGGCACUUCACCUCCUUGAAAAUACCAGAACCUGCAUUUAUCAUUGGAUUCAUCUACUGUGGUCUUACAGUGACAAACCACAGCCAGCUAACAUGGCCACCCUUCCUUAAGAACUGACUAGCAUAACCCUAAUUAAAUUACAUUAUCGUCAUUUUACAGAUGCUCUUAUCCAGAGCAGCUUACAAUU